GCAAAAAUGAAUAACAAAUUCAAUUGAAAAAAAAAGGAGGAAAAAUGAAAAGAUAUUUAAGAAACAACUGAAAACUCAAAUAAAGUUGCAGUGCAAAUUGAAAACCAAAAUAAAGUUCAAAAUAUCCCUUUUUGUGUUAAAGUUAAUGAGUGUGUGUGUGUGUUUCUUUUUAAAUUUUCCAUAAGGAAGGAAUAUUUGCUGCAAGUCCUUGAUGGCCCAGCAAAAAUAUCCAUAAACAGAUUAGUUGGAAUACAGUUCCAUCAUUUGUUCUAAAGUAAGCAAAGCUAAAAACCAAAUAAAAGCAAACUAUCUUUAGUGUUUAAUGUAAAAAAGAAAAACCAUAAAAGACCCCUACUCAAAAAGUCUCCAAGAAAAGUAACACCCCCCACUUCAAAUCUACGCGAAGUUGAAGGCAUCCGCACAUAUCAACACAAUUGGACUACAAAUAGAAAAAAGUAACCCAAGACCAACAACAACCCCAACAGACGGACAAAGAUGGCUCCAUUCAAACUUAAAUUUCGCAUGGGAAGCUCGCGUAGCACCUCACAGGAACACGAACCCGAUCCGCAGGUAAAUGAGGCCCUGCUCAACCAUCAGACCAGUGGGGCCAUUGGUGCCAGUAGUUCGACCAUAGACUCCGUGGACUGUAACAGUUUGGUGUCGCUGAACACCAGCGAACGCAAACUGUUGUUGCCAAACAAGGGCAACAGCCUGAGAAUGGGCUUUAUAAAUCAGAAUCAAGGGGAAAACAUACCCACCACCCCACCGCCAACCUAUGAACAUGUUUUAGAAGAGCAACGACAAUUGGCCAUUGCCGGCAUCAACAUCAGCAUCAACAACGACGAAGACGACGACGAUGAUGAGCAUAACCGUCAUUUAAACGAAUUGGAACAAUUGAGUCUCAACGAAUUACCCUGCACCGACCCGAAUUGUCAGGAGAACUACACCAACAACAAUCACCACAACAUCAAACCCCAUAAUAACAACAACGAAGCGGUAGCAGCAGCAACGGCCUCAUCGUCGGUCAUUGCAUCCACCACCAAUUCCAAUACCAUUGACCCAUUGGGUAACAACGAUCACUUACAUCAAAAUAUCACUACAGCUGAGGAUCCGGACAACAAUCUUGAAGACGAUCGCAAGGAGUCAAUUGAUUCACAGGAAUUACUAUUGGGUGACAACAUGACGGACUCGUCUUCAGACCAGGACAGAGAUCAAAUGGUUGGCGAGAACAGCUGUUCGGGCAAUUGUCAGCAAUGUCCGGACGGUUCAACUUGUCAACAGUAUUCGGAUGGUUCGGCUUGUCAACAGUAUUCCGAUGGUUCGGCAUCGUGUUCGGGUGGUGGUGGCGACGUUAACUCUGGCGGAGAUCAAAAUCAAAGUAAUGAUUUCUAUGAUCCCCUGAUGAACCAUGGAAUCUAUUGUAACGAUGCCUCCCACUAUGACGAGGAUUAUCAGAGCCAUCAGCAGAUGUACGACAAUGAUGGCAAUUCAGGUGAAUGCGAUGAGUCCUGUACAAGUGAACAUCAUUGGGACAUGAAUCCGCAGUCGAGCUCUCAUCAGAGUCUCCAUUGUGACAGCAGCGAACAACAGCAACAGCAGCAGCAGCAACAGUAUUAUCAACAACAAUUGGAACGUUCACUGACACCGGAAAUAAUUAGUAAUAAAUCAUCGAAGGAAAUCUACAAGGAUUUGGCGAAACAAUGCGGCAUAACGUGUAAAAUGUCAGACGGCUGCCGGUGUAUGGAGUGUCAGAGUCAUUAUUUCGAUUGUGAAUAUGAUGAUAAUGAACAUCAGAAAACAGACGGUGGCCUGGGAGCUGGUACGCCCAUGUUCAUAACCGAGGUAAUGCACGGUUCAGCCUGUAAUAUUUUGUAAAAUGGUGGCGAUGUGUCUCGCCUUCAAUGGAUCUUGUCCUUUCAUAGCUGAUAAUUUAUUUAAUUAAUUGAAACUGAAAACAAAACAAAAAACCGACAACCGGAAGCUGUUACUGAUUGAAUCACAAAACAUGGCUUCUUUAAAUAGAAAACAAAAACCGAAAAACCAAACUCAAAAACAUUGAUCAAAUAUAAAAUACAUUCUUAGACUAGUUUACACUAAUCCGAUGUAGAAGAUGCACCGUAUUUAAAAAAAAAUAGAAGAAGAAGAUAAACAAUUUAUUGAUAUAUAUGUAUGAAAUGUUUGCUUUAACAAAACAAUUAUUAAAUUUAAAAUAAUGUACAAUUAUUUUCGAACGAUAUUUGACUUGAACUGAAAUUAAGCUCUUCAAGCAUUGGCAGCAAAAACAGCAAAAAUAUAUUUAUUAAUUUAUAAAUAAAAAAGAUAAUUAAACGUUUUUUUUUUGCAUUUCCUUUUGUGCCAAAACUAAACGAAAAUAAAAUACGAACAAAAUUAAAAAAAAAACAUUCAAAUGAAAUGAGAUCUGAUAUUAUUGAAGAUAUUAUUUUGAAAAACGAAAUUUGUUUACUGUCGUAGAAGUAGUUUCGAACGAAUAUUCAGAACUGUAUUUUGAAGCAUUCCGCUCGAAUGAAAACCAGCCUUAAUCAAAUUCAAAAAGGAAAACAAAAUGUCUAUUGUUGUCUAUUUUACUCAAUGAUCAUCUCGUCAUCAUGCACGCCCAUCCACAGCCUGCACCCUCACACGCACCCCACACCCCCUUCAUCGCAUAAUGGUCUAGUUCGUGCUAUCUCUCAACAGAACGUUAUUUGCAUUUGAAAUAAGAAUAAUAAUUUCCGUUUCCCAAAUUUUAUAACAUACUUAUAUAUAUAUAUAUAUAUAAAUUUAUAUGUAUCGUGUGUAUAUACUUAUAUAUUUUUCUACUUUUAAAAUCAUAUGCAUCACAACAAAUUCGAAAUCAAUAAAAACAACAAGAACAAGAACUAAAAUUAUAUUACAAUUUACAAAACAAAUGAAAAUGGUAUCAAAUAAAGAAACAGAAACAAAAAAAGAAUUGUAAUCAAACCAA